CGUUUCUUUGCAGGAACUGAUACCGUGUCUCUUUGUUCGUCACUUUUGUUUUGGGAGGAACUGUAUGUGAAAUCAGAGUGGACGAGAGUCGAAGCCGGUAACCCAACUCUUUAACACUAACAGGUCACUCAACAUUUGCUAAACCAGUUUGUCGACUCCUCCAUGAAGGGAAGUGAAGCGUAACAACGCUUUGCCUAUGGCUCAGAUGUCAUACUUCUGACUCAACUAAAGGCGCCUCUCAAAGUUCUCCCAUCACAUGUUGCUUGAACAUGUUCCGCAGAGAAAAGAGCUCAGCACCCACAAUUCCCUCCCUUCCGCCAAGGCCCAGCAAACAGGAUCUGGACAAUCCCGUUACACACAGCUCCAGAGUACAAGAUGCAGGCGGCACCCAACAGGGAAGCAACCAUGAAGCCGAAAGUGUCCCAAAAUCCAAAAGAACUGUGGUGAUGGGAGUUAUGCAGAACCUCAACCCCUUCAAGACUUCAUCACAGACAACCUCCACAGUUGGCAAAAGUCCCACUGAUGACGUGCCAGAUGUGGGAACAAAUCCCACACAGAACACAGGAAUGCUAAAAGGGGUCAUGAAGAAGGUCAACCCGUUCAAGUCUUCCAGUCAGGUUCCUGAAACUGAAGGGUCUGAAUCAGCAGAACAGCACCCAGGAAUGCUGAAAGGGAUGAUCCAGAAAGUCAACCCAUUCAAGUCUUCUCAACAGCUACCAAAGAAUGAGCCUCAGGAUGCCGAUCACCAAGAGGCCAGAGAAGAAUCUAAUGACAAACAGAAACCAGGGAUGAUGACAAGUGUGAUACAGAAAGUCAACCCGUUCAAAUCUUCCCAGCCAAAGGACAUGCAGCCUGUCCAGUGUGACAUCUCCUCCAGUGAAGGAAAUCUGGCUGAUAACAACAACCUGGCCGAGAAACCGAAGACUGGGAUGCUGAAAGAGAUGAUGCACAAAGUCAUACCCUCAAAGUCGACUUCACAGGCGGCACAUGAAGAGACAGACUCAGUCACAUCUCUGAAGCAGGAUGUGCCACCAUUGUCAUGCAGCUCAGAGAGUUUAAAUGCUGGCGCAGUAGAGAGACAUUCUGUUUGGUACACAGAUGAUCCCAGCAACUGUGAGCUGAAAAGUCAACCAACUCAGCAAAUAAAGAAAAGAAAGACCUUCAGAAUUAAAAGAAUUCUUCCGAGUGGGCUGUUCGGCUCUGGAGCAAAGGACUCGAAUGCAAUGCCUGACACAGAGCCUUUGCCACAGGUGGAGGUCCAAACACUGGAAAUGGUCGAAAUGACUGCACUCAAUGAUGGAAGUGCUUUGGACCCUCUGGAGGAUGAAGAUGGACUGCUGGCAUGGUGGAGAACAGUUGAUGGCUGGACUGAGUGGAACGAGGCCACCCAGAAUGAUGACUCCGAAGAAGUGGUGGAAGAAGCGGCCGAUCGUGUCUUCAUGGCCGCUCGCCUCUUCGUUCGCCUCUUCAACCAGCGUGGUGCUUCUCUGCAGCAGCGCAUCCUCGAACUCCUCACGCUGGCCGAUGCCGCCGACAGCUUUCACAAGAAGACCGUUACGGCCAGUAUCGGCGGUGGGGUGGCCAGCGUGGCAGGCUCGGUCACCACCAUCACCGGUCUCAUCCUGGCCCCAUUCACGGCAGGAACGUCGCUCAUUGUCACAGCCGUGGGCAUCGGCGUCGCCACGGCGGGCGGCGUGGCCUCCGCUUCCGCCAAUAUCACAGACACCGUGCAUUCAAAGACUGACCGUAAGAAGGUGGAGAAAAUGAUCCAAGACUACCAGGAGGAGAUGAAUGACAUCAGGGAGUGUCUGGAGUUCUUGCAGGAAGGGAUGGAGACACUCGAGGAGUGGAACUUUGAGCAGUAUGCCGAGAGCAUCUCCAAAAAACAUCUCAACCAGAAUGUCAAACAUGUCAUGAAGGAGGGCGGCCGAGCCGGCAAGGCUUUGGUCAUCAACACAGAAAGCCUGAUCAGUACGGUUCAGGUCCUCAGCGUGGCGGGCGGUGCUGCCAAAGCAGCCCAGGUGAUGAGCGUCACCACCGGGGUCAUGUCUGGCCUCUUCCUGGCACUCGAUGUCUUCUUCUUGGCUAAGGACUCCGCAGAGCUGAGAAAGGGUGCAAAGACCGAGUUUGCUGCCAAGAUUCGAGAAGUUUGCAAGGACCUGCAGGAUGGGCUCCUGGAGCUGAACCGCAUCAAGGAAGAGCUACAGAAGACGAUGGAUGGCAUCGAGGUGGAGGUGGAGGAAGAGGAUGAGGAGAUAUUGAAGUCUGAUCUGAAGAAACUCAUUGAGCUUGAAGAAUGAAGAAACCAAAAUCAAACGCCUGCCAGGUUUACCGUUCUUCACGUUGACCAUGGCACGGCAUAGUGGAACCUCAGACGAGUUAAAUCAUUUCAAAAUGAAAGUAUUUAUAUUUUAAUAAUCCAAUUGUAUGUAUGUCUGUCUUUAGUUGAGCUUUUUUCAAUAAAGUUUGCGGACAACUUAGUUGCAACUGAGCCAGAGCCCUCAAUUGUUAGAAUUGCUAAAUAAAAUAGAACAAAAGCUGUGAUGCGGCACAUUGCUUUCAACACAAACAUCUCAACAAAUUACCCGAUCCUGAGUAUUAUCAAUUGCAAGCUAAUUGCAAUUAAAUCAUUAAAAGUGAUUAAAUUCGAAAUUUUUCUCAUCUAAUGUAGUUGGUAUGGUCAUAGCAGUAUAUUGGUUUGGAUUAUCAAAUUUAUAUUUUGUGCUUUAUCAUGCUCACAAGUGACUUAUCGCUAUUAGCAAGUUUUUUUUAAUGGUUUGUGAUACGAGUGUAGUGGUUAGCGUUCUGGACUUUUGGAGCGGACGCCUCAGGUUCAAAUCUCUACGAGUAAGCAUCAACGGUAUUCGUCAGGAAAUCCAUCCGGAAUAUAAAGGGCUCAAGCCAAAAAAUCAGGAUGCGGAUCAUGUAAUCAUAAUCAUGGAAAAGGCCGAAAGAAACAAACAAAUACGAUGCUGGCAGUCAAACCAAAUGCGGUAAGGCAACCAUGAGAAUUGUUUAACAACUUUUG